UUUUCAUUAGUAUAGUGACAAGGCAUUCGCUUACAUCUGGAGUAGUACUAGAAUAUGAUGUUCAACAUCUCAUUUAUUAAAAGAUAAUUCACCAUAUUUAAGUUCUGUCUCCAAUUUCUCUGAAGAAGUUAGAGAGGGUAGUUUAUCCUCUGGCCUAACUAAGGCUUCACUCUUAGCAGUAGUGAGGUCGUAGUGAGGUAGUUUAACUGCUUUAGAACUUGGUGCUGGGAACAUUCUUAGCCACCGAAGCAUGGGAACCGAAAGUGAGGAGCAUGGGUUCUUUACUGUCUGUCACAUCAGAGAAUGACUGUUCCAGGGCAGUAACCGCCUCCUAAUGGUUUCUGUUGCUGGAGCGGGCACCGGAAGAGGCUCUCCAGCUGUAACUCUAGUACAGUUACCCUCGGGCCAAACUGUCCGUGUCCAGGGAGUAAUUCAGACACCACAGCCAUCGGUUAUUCAGUCACCACAAAUACAAACUGUUCAGGUAGCAACGAUUGCAGAGACAGAUGAGUCUGCAGAAUCAGAAGGUGUAAUUGAUUCUCAUAAACGUAGAGAAAUCCUUUCACGAAGACCCUCUUAUAGAAAAAUACUGAAUGAACUUUCCUCUGAUGUGCCUGGUGUUCCCAAGAUUGAAGAAGAAAAAUCAGAGGAAGAAAGAACACCACCUAACAUCGCUACCAUGGCAGUACCGACUAGCAUAUAUCAGACUAGCACGGGGCAAUACAUUGCUAUAGCCCAAGGUGGAGCAAUCCAGAUUUCUAACCCAGGAUCUGAUGGUGUUCAGGGACUGCAGGCAUUAACAAUGACAGAUUCAGGAGCUCCUCCGCCAGGUGCUACAAUUGUACAGUAUGCAGCACAGUCAGCUGAUGGCACUCAGCAGUUCUUUGUCCCAGGCAGCCAGGUGCUUGUCCAAGAUGAGGAAACUGAACUUGCCCCAAGUCACAUGGCUGCUGCCACUGGUGACAUGCCAACUUACCAGAUCCGAGCUCCUGCCACUGCUUUGCCACAGGGAGUAGUGAUGGCUGCCUCACCAGGAAGUUUGCACAGUCCCCAGCAACUAGCAGAAGAAGCAACACGAAAACGAGAGCUGAGGCUAAUGAAAAACAGGGAAGCUGCCCGGGAGUGUCGCAGGAAGAAGAAAGAAUAUGUCAAAUGUCUUGAAAAUCGUGUGGCUGUGCUUGAAAACCAAAACAAGACCCUCAUUGAGGAACUCAAGGCCCUCAAAGAUCUUUAUUGCCAUAAAGCAGAGUAACUGUCUUUGACUUGGACCUUGUUUACUGUGAACUCUAAUCAAGGCAGGAGAUGCAGCAUUUCUACUAAUUGCCAUGUGGACUUGUGGAAGGGACACUUCUGACCCUUAAGAAGCCAGUUUGGCUUAGUGUUUGAGAUUGCAUUGGGAAUGUUGUUCCAAGAUUUGGAAUGCAACCAUGAUCACACUCACCAGGCUUACUUCUGUCUAUCUGUCAGGAGCAUGCAACAAAUGUUUUGUUUGCCCUCUUGCUUCUGCUUUUUUUUCAGGGAAGCUGCUAAAGAAUGUCGACGUCGAAAGAAAGAAUAUGUAAAAUGUCUGGAGAGUCGAGUUGCAGUGCUGGAAGUUCAGAACAAGAAGCUUAUAGAGGAACUUGAAACCCUGAAAGACAUUUGCUCUCCUAAAACAGAUUAGUAGAAAUAUUUGACUAUGAACUGAUUACAACAUGUACAGUUGCUUUUGAAGGCAAUACAAUAUAUAGCCGGCAAGAAUUAUGGCUUUUUCCUUUGUAUCAUUCAUCGUAUUCUCUAAUCUCUAACAUUCCUAAAAUGCUUCACUGUACGUAGUUAACUCUUAGCUGUAACUUCAACUUUUUAAAAGAGACAAACUGUAAAAAAUGUAUGUAACAAAUUCUUAAAAUGCAAUAUUUGUAAGACUUGUUCCAAUGCCACAUAUUUGCAGUUCCCAAUCUCUGUGUCAUGAAUAGUGUCCUAUGCAAUAAAAUUUUUUGCAGGUCUUUAAAAAUCAUUUUAGGAAAGGAUAAUCAAAGAUAAUGCAUCUAACAGUACAAUAAAAGUAAACCACAAAAAAUACCUCAGGAAAGAAUUGAAAGAAAGAAAGAGUUGAAAGAAUCUAAUGGCACACCUGUGUGAAAAUAAUAGCCUAUAAAUGAAUUUAUGGCAUUUGCAGAUUUUUAUAUUAGUUGCUUUGUAAAGAAAAUAUUGUAUUGCUGUCCUUGAAUGCCAUAGUCGAAGGGAGUGUUUAACAGAACCAUGUUGGUUACACUUUG